UGCACUUUUUGGAUAAUCUAUCAGAUGAUUUCGUUUUCGUUGUUUCACUGAUCCAAAUAGUGUUAAUAAACAUAUUUAGCUAUUUUUACUAUUUGUUUGCUCGAAAUAACGAUAAACGAUGCCGGAAGCACAAGGACGUAACCCUUUGGAACGAUUCAUGAACUCCGUCGAAUCGUUAAUCGAGGGCCCGGUUGUUUGGUUCCGCGAAACUGUUGUCGAACCAAACCGCAAAAACUACCCCUGGUAUCACCAACAAUUCCGCCGAGUGCCAAGCAUCGACCAGUGCUACACCGACGAUGAAGUUUGUUUUUUCGAAGCCAACAACCAGUUUAAACGGGACAGAAUGGUCGACAAUGAGAUUCUCAACAUCCUACGUCUACGCUUCGAGGAUUGCGUUAUGUACGAACAGCCGGAUCACGAGAGAAAAUGCCGUCCACUGCUCGAGCAGUACGAGAAAGGAGCUGAGAAUUGGUUUAUCAAAUAUGGCGACCUCGGAGGCUAUGCCAAUGCCAAGACGUGCUACAUGAAGCAAAAGCACCGCAUGAUCUGGGAAAGACGUCACGGUCCGGUCGGUUCGGGAAUGAAGCAAACCGAUGACAUUCCCGCUGAGCACUGAGUAGUAACGACCGGCGGCAACCAUCGGCAGGUAGUGAACGUGUGCCGUUCGGACAGGAUAGUCAACAAGUGGUAACAUCUUUGGCACUGUGUGUAAAUAUAAGAUCACAAGACA